AUGAUACCAACUGUGGACCCGUCCUACGUUUACGAUCUGUUAUGGAAGAAAGUUGUAGUGACCAUGGAAUCGGCCGUAGAACAUCUUUUCAAACAUACUUAUCCGAAGAUCAAAGAUCGCGUACGUUUUGAAUAUGCGGAGCAGCGUCGCAAAGCUUAUUUGGGGGAAGAUGGCAAUGAAUUUAACAUCAACGAAUUUCUCACAGUCUAUCCGGAUCCAGAAGCAUUCUUCGAGCAUGAACGUAAAACAAAUCAAAGCUACGAGAUGCAUGCUAUAGCAUUUUUGGCGCGCAAGUUCGACCGUUACCAUUUGGACUGUAUAACGCAGCUUUUUAAGCACUGCAAAGGGCUGUUACUGCCGACAUACAGGCAACUUGCGAAACACACGGAUGAAAUAACUCGAGGUACAAUUAGCUUUUUUUUUUAA